ACUCCAGCACCGCCUAUCUCAAAAACCAGCCUAUCAUCAAUGGCGGCAAUGGACUUGGAAUUGGAACCGCGGAAACCCCAUUUUGUGUUAAUCCCAUUGCUGGCUCAAGGCCACAUGAUUCCCAUGGUGGACAUGGCUCGAUUGUUGGCGAAGCAUGGAGCUAAGGUGACACUAGUGAUCACCCCGGGUAACGCUUCCAGGUUAUCUUCAACAAUCCAGCGAGCCAGGGAAUCAGAGCGCCUGGAAAUCCACAUUCUUGAAAUCCCGUUCCCCUGCCAAGAACACGGCCUCCCACCCGGCUGCGAAAACCUCGACAGCCUCUCCUCCCCGGCCCUCAUCCGAAACUUCUACGCCGCCCUAGACGCAUUGCAAGAACCCACCGAGACCUACCUUCAAGACACCACUCCUCCCCCGAGCUGCAUCGUCUCCGACAAGUGCCUCUCCUGGACUUCCAAGACCGCCCGGCGAUUCCAGGUCCCCAGGCUGGUUUUCCACGGCAUGUGCUGUUUCUCCCUUCUGUGUUCCAACAAUAUAAUGCUUCACAAACCUCACCUUUCGGUUAAAUCCGACAAGGUCCCUUUCCCUAUCCCUGGAUUGCCAUUCAACGUGGAAAUAGCCAAGGUUCAGCUGCCCGGAGCGUUCGUUACACUGCCCGACCUGGACGAUAUCCGCGGCCAGAUGCAAGAAGCCGAGUCCAGUGCCUAUGGGGUUGUGGUGAACACUUUUCAAGAACUGGAGCGUGGCUGCGUGGAAGAGUAUAGAAAGGCUGUUAACAAAAAGGUAUGGUGCCUCGGGCCGGUUUCGCUUUGUAACAGGGAUGUUAUGGAUAUGUACCAUAGAGGAAACAGGGCAUCCAUUGAUGAAAAACAGUGUUUGGAAUGGCUUGAUUCCCAGAAAGAAAAAUCCGUGCUUUACGCCUGUCUUGGGAGCCAAUGCCGGCUGGUUCCAUCGCAGCUGAUAGAGCUGGGGCUAGGGCUAGAAGCCUCGGGUUACCCUUUCAUCUGGGUGAUCAAAACAGGGGAGAGAUAUUCAGAGCUGGAGAAAUGGUUCUCAGAGGAGAGAUACGAGGAGAGGAUCAAAGGGAGAGGACUGGUGAUCAAAGGCUGGGCUCCUCAGGUCCUGAUCCUCAACCACCCUGCCAUCAAAGGCUUCUUGACCCACUGCGGAUGGAACUCGACCAUAGAAGGGGUGUGCUCGGGCGUGCCAAUGAUCACGUGGCCAAUGUUCGCCGAGCAAUUCUUGAACGAGAAGAUGAUUGUGGAGGUGCUGGGCAUUGGGAUUCGAGUCGGCGUCGACGUCCCGGUGAGAUGGGGGGAGGAGGAGAGGGUUGGGGUGGUGGUGGUGAGAGAUGAAGUUGCAAAGGCAGUGGAGAAACUAAUGGGUGGCGGAGAAGAAGGUGAGAAUAGGAGAAACAGAGCGAGAGAAUUAGGUUUAUUAGCUAAGAGUGCCAUGGAAGAUGGUGGACAAGCCCAUGUUAACAUAUCAGAUUUGGUGCAAGACAUCAUGAACACAUCAAUCAAACGUUAAGUCAUUUGUUCCGAUCCGUACGUACAUAUGUUAUGUUGUGUACUACAAUUUGUGUUUGAAAACUAUUGGACACUACUGUUAUAAUUGGAAGUCUAUGCAGUUAAUGCUA